AUGGCUUCGGGAGGAGACCAGUUUCCGCCGCAGAGGCAGGAGCGGCAGCCCGGGAAGGAGCACGCCAUGGAUCCUACACCUCAGUUCAGCAGCACCGACUACAAGCCUUCCAACAAGCUCCAGGGGCGGGUGGCGCUCGUGACCGGAGGCGACUCCGGGAUCGGGCGGGCCGUGUGCCACUGCUUCGCGCGGGAGGGCGCCACGGUCGCGUUCACGUACGUGAAGGGGCGGGAGGACAAGGACGCGCAGGACGCGCUCCAGAUGCUGAAGCAGGCGAAGGCCCCCGACGCCAAGGACCCGAUGGCCGUGGCGGCCGACCUUGGGUUCGACGAGAACUGCAGGAGGGUGGUCAAUGAGGUCGUGAACGCCUACGGCCGGAUCGACAUCCUGGUGAACAACGCGGCCGAGCAGCAUGAAUGCAGCACGGUCGAGGAGAUCGAUGAGGGUAGGCUCGAGAGGGUGUUCAGGACUAACAUCUUCUCUUACUUUUUCACGGUUAGGCACGCGCUGAAGCACAUGAAGGAAGGCGGCUCGAUCAUCAACACCACGUCGGUGAACGCCUACAAGGGCAACGCCAAGCUCCUCGACUACACAUCCACCAAAGGCGCGAUCGUGGCCUUCACAAGGGGCCUCGCGCUCCAGCUCGUGGACAGAGGCAUAAGGGUCAAUGGGGUUGCGCCGGGCCCGAUCUGGACCCCGCUGAUCCCGGCAUCCUUCACCGAGGAGGAGACCAGGAACUUUGGGAAACAAGUUCCCAUGAAGAGGGCUGGCCAGCCCAUCGAAGUCGCGCCGUCCUUUGUGUUCCUCGCGUGCAACCACUGCUCGUCCUACAUCACCGGGCAAGUCCUCCACCCUAAUGGUGGAACGAUCGUGAAUGGAUGA